AUGGCGGGAGAGGAGCGCUGGUGGAGAGCAAGCCGAUGCUCCCUGACCGGCACCUGGAAGAAUGACCUCAACUCCACCACGGAGACCAACAGCGUCAGUAACAUUGGGGUGUCCAACGGCCUCUACCAAACGGCAGUCUCGGCCUCCGACAAUCCCAUCCGGCCAUCCCUGCUGCAGGUCAUCCAGCACCAGGGUCCCCGGCCGGUCGUUGGCCUCAUCAUCAUCUGGAACCUCUCUGACAAGAAGGGAAUGGAGCAGCUGAAGACAACCUGGCUACUGCACAGGGAGGUGGAACCCGCGGCAGAAGAUUGGGGGGCGCCCAGGGUUGGCUCCAGCAACUUCUACCGCAGCAAGUGA